AUCCAUGUGGCUGAGUACUGCUAGAUUUAAAAGAAAGGCCGAAGGCGCUAACUAAUCUGAGUCAGCAAACAAACAAACAAACAAACAAUUUCAAACUCAUCAGCUCUUCACUCAGAAUUGGACUCUGUAACUCGCUUGCUCAGAGAUUCCAUUUUCAAUGGCUUAUCAUCUCAAUUUCAGUUCACUCAUAUUAUUACUUCUAUUUACUUCUCCUUCAAUAUCAUCAUCAUCAUCAUCAAAUCAGUUCUGUGAAGCUGAGAAUGGAUAUGGUGAAACUGGAUGUGGGAUUCCAUCAUCAUUAUCACCGUCAUCGAAGAUAUUGAUCAUAGGAGGAACUGUUGUGAAUGCGCAUCAUCAAGAGAUUGCUGAUGUUUAUGUGGAGGAUGGUAUCAUUAUUGCUGUAAAACCUAACCUCAAGGUUGGCGAUGAUGUUACUGUGCUUGAUGCAACUGGAAAGUUUGUAAUGCCAGGAGGAAUUGAUCCCCAUACCCACCUAGAGAUGGAUUUUAUGGGUACUCAGACCAUUGAUGACUUCUUCAGUGGUCAGGCUGCAGCUUUAGCAGGUGGAACAACAAUGCAUAUAGACUUCGUUAUACCGGUUGAUGGAAGUUUAAUGGCUGGUUUUGAAGCUUAUGAGAAGAAGGUAAAAAAGGCUUGCAUGGAUUAUGGAUUUCAUAUGGCAGUUACCAAAUGGGAUGAAGUUGUUUCACAGGAAAUGGAAAUUAUUGUGAAAGAAAAAGGUAUCAACUCUUUCAAGUUUUUCCUGGCAUACAAAGGAUCUCUGAUGAUCAGUGAUGAGCUCCUAUUAGAAGGAUUGAAGCGGUGCAAAUCUCUCGGGGCCCUCGCUAUGGUCCAUGCAGAAAACGGAGAUGCAGUAUUUGAAGGGCAGAAAAGAAUGAUAGAACUUGGUAUUACUGGUCCGGAGGGGCAUGCUCUUUCAAGGCCUCCAGUGCUGGAAGGUGAAGCAACUGCUCGUGCAAUUCGUUUGGCAAGUUUUGUGAACACACCUCUCUAUAUAGUACAUGUAAUGAGCAUCGAUGCAAUGGAAGAAAUAGCUAAAGCUCGAAAAUCAGGACAGAGGGUCAUUGGAGAGCCAGUGGUAUCCGGUUUGGCUCUUGAUGAUUCUAAGCUUUGGGAUCCUGACUUCACCACUGCAUCAAAGUAUGUUAUGAGUCCCCCUAUUAGGGCAAGAGGACAUGACAAGGCUCUGCAAGCUGCGCUUUCAAAUGGAGUUCUGCAGCUUGUAGGAACUGAUCAUUGCGCAUUUAAUUCUACACAAAAAGCCUUUGGGAUUGAUGAUUUCCGUAAAAUUCCAAAUGGAGUUAAUGGAAUUGAGGAACGUAUGCAUCUGGUUUGGGAUACGAUGGUGGAAUCUGGCCAAAUUUCUGUCACUGAUUUUGUCCGCGUGACAAGUACUGAAUGUGCUAGGAUCUUUAACAUAUAUCCAAAAAAAGGAGCAAUUCUUGCUGGAUCAGAUGCUGAUAUUAUCAUAUUUAACCCAAAUUCAAGCUUUGAAAUCAGUGCAAGGUCUCACCACUCACGAAUUGAUACAAAUGUGUAUGAGGGCAGGAAAGGGAAGGGAAAGGUAGAGGUUACAAUUGCUGGCGGAAAAAUUGUUUGGGAAAAUGAUGAACUGAAGGUUGUCCCUGGUUCUGGGAAGUACGUUGAAAUGUCCCCUUUCAGUUACCUUUUCAGUGGACUUGACAAGGCAGAUGCUUCAUACCUUUCUUCCCUCAAGGCCCCAGUAAAGCGUUCUAAAUCUACCACUUAAGCUGCAGGUACUUAUUUCUUCAGCUAAUCACUGAAAGCACCUAGUAGACCAUGAGACAGAAAAAACUUGGCUUGGAAUUCGCGGGAAAUCAAGGCCUUAUACAGCAAUUAAUCUCGAGCUUGUGAAAAGACCAUGGAAUAAUCGGUAGCUCCUGGCGCCUUGGAAUCCCAUCCUCCGAAUUCAGGUACAGACCUCCAGCCAUUUUUUUUCUGCGAAACACAGAAAUACAUGAAGAUGCUUAGGAACUUAGAAAAGUUGGUUUUGUUUCUUAUUUAUGUUUAGGCAAUAAGGAGAGUCUUCUUAUGUUUAAGUAAAUCAGUGAAUGGAAUUUAAAUAGUCUUCUUGACCUUUUUUGUUAA